AUGACCCUCCCUCCUAGCUAAAACCAACUCGGAUCGUAGAUCCGUAGUUAUCGGAUCGGGUCAAAGAUCCGAAAUAAACGGGUCUUCCUCUCGGGUUUACUUCAAUCUCCACCAUUUCGCUCUCUCUCUCUCUCUCUAUCUCCAUUUCUAUAAACACAGUCGAAUCUCAAAACAUCUCAAUUCCGUGCAGAUGCGAGUUUUCAUUACACCAGGCAGUCUUCUUCAGGAACAUUGUUGUUUUGAUUAUUGAUCUUAACUUAAAGGGGAGAGAAACGAAAGAAAGAGAUGUGUAUCUCAAUCUCGCAAGUCUCUAGAUUCAGAACCAACCUAUUCGUAGGAAGCUCUUGCUGUGAACGUGUCCACGGCUGGUUCAAAAACAACUCAACCCCAAAGCUGCUUGAUAUCAGAUCCUCCUCGGUUAAUAGCAAGAGCAGAUGGGUCAGGCGUAACGUGAGUACAACUACACAAGGAGGCAGGAGCAACACCAAGAGCAGCGUCCUGGGAGGAGCGGUUCCUGUCACCAGGAUAGUAGAUGCAGAGAGCACGGCCAAGAUACAACAACAACAGCCUUUUGGAAACCUUCAGCAGCGUCUUGCGGAAAACAAAGAUCUGUCUAGUCUCCUCACUGUUAUAGUCUCUGAUCUCGAGACGACAGGGUUGCACAGGGUGAAGGAGAGGAUUAUCGAAAUCGCAGCUCAGGAUCUAGCUGGUGGUGAGAACAGCACGUUUCAAAGUCUGAUUAACCCUGGUGUUCCUAUAUUGAAUGCAAGUAUCCAUGGGAUCAGGAAUGAUAUGGUUUGUAGACCUGAGGUUCCAAGAAUGGAGGAGAUGAUACCGAUAUUUCUACGGUAUGUUCAGAGUAGACAGAAGCCUGGUGGCUAUGUGAUGAUUGUUGCACAUAACGGCAAAACAUUUGAUUUUCAGUUCUUGAUCAACGAGUUCAACCGUUGCUCUUACGAGAUUCCUCCUAACUGGCUGUUCUUUGACUCGCUCCCACUCGCUAGAGAGAGCAUGAAGUCUGUAGACGCAACAGUGAAGCCAAAAGCGUCAUUAUCAGCACUAGGGGAUUACUACAAUCUUACAAGGGAUGGUGACGCUCACAGAGCUUUGUCAGAUGUGUUACUCUUGUCUCAGGUGUUUCAGAGACUAACCAUUGAUCUCAAGCUCUCACUCUCUGAUCUUGUCCUCCGCUCUUACACCACAUCCGACCUUAUUGCUGCCAUGGCAAAGAACAAGAAGGCCUGAAUCAUUUUUAGAAACAUUGAUCUCUUAUUAGGCUUCUUUUUUUUUAAUAUUGAUCUCUGAUUCUAUUGUUUCUCUAUAUAGUGUAUGUAACUCCGGAGAAAUCUCAGGCAUGUAACCUAUUAUUUAAUUUAUCGUUGGAUAAAUUAAGUGGAAAAACAUAUGUAAUUUCACAAAGUCAUAAGGCAUUCAAUACAAAAACAGUUAUAAGGUU